CCACCCCUCACCACCUCCCUCCCUCUCGCCCGCUCGCCGUGCGAGCGUGUGUGUGUGUGUGUGUAAGUGCAGUGCUCGGUUUGGUCGGUCGCUGGUUCCAGAUCUCACCUCUACGGGGGCCGCCUCCUCCGAGCAGUUGGUCCGUUGGGCGCCGGGAAACCUUAGGGGGUAGGGACGGACCCAGCUAUGCUACGAACCGAGCGGUGGCAGUGCAGAAUCUUUGCAAAUACCCCGGUGACCAGGUGGUGAUCCACGGAUGUUUUGGUUGUGGAAUUUUGGUUUUGCACGCCGGGUUCACCACCGUCAGUGGCGGAGCUUUAUUACCAACAAAUAUUGGAAGCUCGUCAGCAUCAUCAUCUUGGUACAGACCGAGGGUUUGUUCGGUCGCUGGUUCCAGAUUCCACCUCCACGGGAGCCGCCUCCUCCGACCAGUUGGUCCGUUGGGCGCUGGGAACCCUUAGGGGGUAGGGAUGGACCCAGCGAUGCGAGGAACUGAGCGGUGGUGCUGCAGAGUCUUUGCAAAUACUCUGGUGACCAGGUGGUGAUCGACGGAAAUUUUGGUUUUGUACGCCCGGGGUCAUCACCAUCACCACUGUCAGUGGCGGAGCUUUACAAACAAAUAUUGGAAGCUCGUCAGAAUCAUCAUCUUCCUACAGACCGAGGGUUUGAUCGGUCGCUGGUUCCAGAUCCCACCUCCACGGGGGCCGCCUCCUCCGACCAGUUGGUCAGUUGGGUGCUGGGAACCCUUAGGGGUUAGGGACGGACCCAGCGAUGCGAGGAAUGGAGCAGUGGCAUUGUCAGAAUCUUUGCAAAUACCCUGGAGUCUGGAUAUUGGUAUAUCCAAAACAUCGUAUACUCCCUCCGUUCCUAAAUAUAAGUCUUUUUAGAGAUUACAAUACAGACUACAUAUGGAGCAAAAUGGGUGAAUCUACAUUCUAAAAUGCAGAUCAUCAUCAUCCUGUAUGUAGUCCUUGUUGAAAUCUCUAAAAUCUCCUCACAAUCAUCAUCAUCAUCUCCCUUGCUGUCACAAUCAGCUUGGUCCUCUUUGGUUCACAGGAUUCUAGAAAAGAAUGGCAGGAAUAUGUGAUUGUCCUAAAGAAUUCCUUUGAAUCAAAGAGGCCCCCAACUUGUUGCUGCUGCUGUUGUUGGUGGUGCAAGCUAUUGCAAAGUUCAUAUGAACUUCCUUUGGAUCAAAGAGGCCCUAAGGCUGUCGCACCUUUUGUUUGUGAAUGAUGCAUGGCUUUAUGAUUAACCAGUUUGUGGUUGCUGAACUGUGCCAUGCUGAAUGGAAUUUCCAUUUUGGCGAGUCCGCUCGAGUUGCUCUUAGCUGGUGCGGGGCUAUGAUGAUUGAUUAUGGCUGAUAUAAGCACACUCUCGAGCAAUUGAGGCACUUGCGGGUAUUAAGUUGGAUCCCCCCUUGUUUCUUUGAGCCGUUUUGAUCAUGUGCUUAUUUUAGUGGCUCUGUCCUUGGAUGGUCAUUUCUGAUGAGUGAUAACCAGGGCAGUUUCACCAUUGUAAGAACAAAUUGAUCCGGUGAUGGAGACACUAGGGAAAGGGUCAUAUGAUCGAGCAAAGGCGAAUCUGAGCCGGUGAGCCCAUUCAAAUGCAGUUCUGGUCUCAAGCACAAUGUGCUAUGUUGCCAUUCUGUAUUUGUAUUUAGCACCUCCUUGGUUUGCAGGAUUUUAAGAACACACUGAAGAAAAAAAAAUGCAGGAUUGCAUUGUUAGGGCAUCUCCACCGCAGACCCCCAAGGUUCCGUCCGCAAAUGUCUGCGGACAGCCGGCCGGGCCUAGGCCAUUCUUGCUAGGGCGAUGAUGAUUGACCAUGGCUGAAAUAGUGUGCCUUUGAGCAAUCGAGGCACCUGUGGGUAUCAAGUUGGAUCCUCCCUCUUGUCUCUAGAAUCCUUUGAUCCUGUGAUACUGAUUGCUCUGUCCUUGGACGGUCAUUCUUCUUGAGUGAUAACCAGGGCAGCUCCACAGUAUAAACUGGUUGAUCUGGUGAUAGCAGAUGAUGUGGGUAGGUUAUAUGAUCGAGCAAAGGCGAAUCUGAGCCCACUAUGCAAUAUAAGCUCCAAUGUUUAUAUUUGUCUUGUGUAAAGAUUUCUUCUCUUAUACCUUCAUUGCAUAAGUUAUGCUUGAUCUUUUAUCGUUCGCUGUUGCUCCUUAAUUUAAUCUGGUUAAGAGUAAGUUUCACUUUGUUAUAUUAGGGAGACUUCUAUUUUUCCGCAAGUUACCAGUUGCAGCUAUUUGUUCUUACAAUGCUUCAAAUAAUAAUGCAACUGGAUUUUUUUGGAGAGAAUGCUGGACUGUUCAUGUAAAGAGUGACCGAGGCGGCACGUCACAUGUUACUGUCUGUAUCCAUAAGCAAUUUUUCAACUGCUGUGAUUUAGUUGCUGGGCUAAUCUGGGCCAUUGAGCGGACAUUCCCUUUUGUUUUCUUUACUUUGUUCAGAAGCUUUCCCCAAUUCUGUCUAUCACCACUGCAUUUUUUGGAUCAUGCACCAGACUAAAUGUCGGUGAACUUCGAAGGAUGUGUGUUUUGUUAGCUUCUUAACUUGUUUCCUUGCUAAGUAAACCUUCGGGGUUAUUCAGUUUUGUUGCCCUCUUUGUAGAUAUAGUUUUGGUCUUUUACAUUGCUUUGUCAUGCACUCUUCCUGGCAAGCUUAUAACAGUGAUGACUUUGUCCAUUUAGUCAUAGCAACUAUUUGAAUUAUCAAAAUUCGCUACCAUUUGGUUACCACCAGAUGUUUGUCUUGACAAAACAUGGUCCAGGAAGGCAUUUUGUCUGCUAUGUUUUUUGAAAUAGAAUUCUGAUUCGGGGCAGUGAUGAUUGACCAUUGCUGAUAUAAGCAUGCUCGAGCAAUCGAGUAAGCUGUGGUAUAAGUUGAAUCCUCCCUUGUCUCUUGGAGCCGUUUCAACCACGACAAGAAUUAUGGGACGGAGGGAGUAUAUAUUUUUUUGUGGCUGUCCUUGGAAGGUCAUUUUGAUGAGUGAUAACCAGGGCAGCUCCACAGUAUAAACGGGCUGAUCUGGUUAUAAGAGAUGAGGGGGGGGGGGGGUAGGUUAUAUGAUCGAGCAAAGGCGAAUCUGAGCCCCCUCAAAUGCAAUUCUAGUGCUCCUUCAGCAUAAUAUGCUACGUUCUUUCUCUUUUUUUAUCUGUAUUUGAAGGUGUCGCUUAUUUUUAUAGCUGUCCUGUGUAUAUAUUUCUUCCCUCGUACCUUUAUUGUGAAGAUGUUCUUGCUCUUUUUUGUUUCGUUCUUACAUCUAUUCUGCACUAUACGUCAAGUAUCAGCCAAAAUAAAAUUUGGUCUUUGAUGCUACAUAUUCAGUUAAUUUUGUUCCCACUGUACAGCUUAAAUGGAUUGUCAUGGCCCCCCAGCACACUAUACUUUGUGGUUGCACACAUGCAUGGCAAAAUACUCCAAAUCUGAUGUGGUCUAAUGAUGCUCUAUCAUGUAUUUUAAAAGCAUGCCUUGGGGCAAGCUUCUAUAUCACCACCCUUCUCCACAGAAGCAUGUUCAAGUCAUAAGCUUGGUGAUGCUGUAAUUCAUAUGGUCAAUCAGAUAAUCAGUGCAACAUGCUCAUCAUAUGUUUGGAUGCAACUGAGAGUGCAGAUGCACAUUAGAUGCUGUGAAUAAAAGGUUGUGUGCUUGGCCAGUAAUUUUAAUAUGUGAGGCCUCCAUUGGCUAUGUAUAAUAUAAUGUUCUUUUGCCAUGUAUGUGUUCAGUGUUGGUUAACAAAAUGCUAAUGUUAAGUGAAAUUCUUUAAUAUCAAACGAAUUCUUUGUACAGAUUUUUUUUAGUUCUAUUGGAUUUCCCAUAAUAGUUUGUAUACCGGUCUACCAUUGUGUCUCUUCAUGAAUGUGGUACUGCUGAGCAAGCCUGAGAAGCCUUUGUAAUAGUUUGUGUAUUUCCUUUCAACUGCGAUAAUGUGUGCAUUUUCAUCUUGAUUCUAAAGUACAUCUUUCCUUUCUACUUGAAGUUAGAUGGAGGUCACUAGGCAUCAGGAGGAUUGCAUAGCCCAAUAUCCUCCCUUGUUACAUAAUUUUGCAAGCUAUUGGUGACCACGAAUAAUUAUGGGUGCUGUAUGCUAAACAAUGCUCUCUGUUUAAUGCAAAGUAUAUUGUUUGUAGGCACUAUUUGGUUUUGCUUGACAUUCGUUUUGGUGGUUUGCAUUUAAGUUAAAAUGCAGGCAGUGGUUGUUCUUUAUUGUUUGGUCAUUUGAUUUUGCUCUUCUUUUAGUUGUACUUGUUCUUUAUUGUUUUGGAUUUUGUUGCUUUCAGGAGAUAGCUUCUUCUCGGUUGCUUCUUCAGUCUUGUAAUCCAUGAUCAUUUUGCUGCUCUCAGUAGAUAGCAUAUUCUUUAUUCUUUGGUCAUUCGAAGGAUGUUUGUUUUGUUAGCUUCUUAACUUCCUUUUCCUUGCUAAGCAAGCCUUUCGGGUAAUUCUGUGUUGUUGCUGCCUUCUUUUUACAUAUAGUUUUGCAUCGCUUUGCUUUGCACUCUUCCUGGCAUGCUUAUAACAGAGACCUUUGUCCAUUAGACAUAGUAACUAUUUGAAUAAUCAAAAUUUGCUACCAUUUGGUCACCACCAGAAGUUUUUUAGUUGACAAAACAUGGUCCAGGAAGGUAUUUUGUCUGCUAUGUUUUUUGAAAUAGGAUUCUGAUUUGGGGCAAUGAUGAUUGACCAAUGCUGAUAUAAGCAUGCUCUCGAGCAAUCGAGUAAGCUGUGCAUAUUCAGCUGGAUCCUCCUUCGUCUCUUGGAGCCGUUUCAACCAUGACAAGAAUUAUGGAACGGAGGGAGUACUAAGAGCAACUCUAGCAGAUUUGCUAUAUUUUUGGUGGCUCUGUCCUUGGAAGGUCAUCUUGACGAGUGAUAACCAGGGCAGCUCCACACUAUAAACGGGUUGAUCUGGUGAUAAGAGAUGAUGGGGGUAGGUUACAUGAUCGAGCAAAGGCGAAUCUGAGCCCCCCUCAAAUGCAAUUCUAGUGCUCUUUCGGCAUAAUGUGCUACACUGUUUCUCUUUUUUUAUCUGUGUUUGGAAGGUGUCGCUUAUUUAUGCAACUGUGUUUAUAGCUGUCCUGUGUACAUAUUUCUUCCCUCUCAUACCUUUAUUGCGUAAGUUGUUCUUGCCCUUUUUUUUUCCGUUCUUGCAUCUGUCUGCACUAUAGUACAUCAAGUAUCAGCCAAGAAAAAUUUGUACUUUGAUGCUACACAUUCAGUUUUCAACUUAAAUGGAUUCCUGUGGCCCCCAGCACACUAUAUUUUGUGGUUGCACACACGCACAGCAAAAUACUCCAAAACUGCUGUGGUCUUAUAAUGCUCUAUCAUGUACUAUUUUAAUAAGCAUGCCUGAGAGCCAGCCCUUCUCCACAGAAGCAAGUUCAAGUCAUAAGCCAGUGUUGGUGGUGCUGUAAUUCGUAUGGUCAAUCAGAUAAUCAGGGCAACAUGCUUGUCGCAUACCUUUUGGAUACAAUUGAGAGUGCAUAUGCACAUUAAAUGCUGUGAAUCAAAGCUUGUGUGCCUGGUCAGUAAUUUUGAUAUGUGAGCCCUUGAUUGGCUUAUGUAUAAUAUGUUGUUCUCUCGCCAUGUAUGUGUUGGGUGUUGGUUAACAAGAUGAUGAUGUUCAGUAAAAAAUUUCUAUAUCAAACAAAUUUGUUUUACAGAGUUUUUUAGUUCUAUUGAAUUUCCCAUGAGAGUUUGUAUACCGGUCUACCAUUUUGACUCUUCAUGAAUGUGGUCUUGCUGAGCAAGCCUGAGAAGCCCUUGUACUAAUAGUUUGUAUUUGAGCAGUUUCUUCCUUUCAACUGCGAUGAUGUGUGCAAUUUCAUCUUGAUUCUAAAGUAGAGUUUCCUUUCUACUAGUAGGCAUCAGGAGGAUUACAUAGCCCAAUAUCCUCGCUUGCCACAUAAUUUUGCAAGCUAUUGGUGACCACAAAUUAUUAUGGGUUCUGUAUGCCAAACAAUGUGCUCUGUUUAAUGCAAUUUUUUUUAUUAUAUUGCUAUUGCACAAGAUUUCUGGUUCCUCCUAAUUUUGAGGCACUAUUUGGUUAUGCUUGACAGUAAUUUUGGCGCUUUAGAUUUCAGCUAGAAUGCACGCAGGAUAUGUUGUUUGCUCAUUUGAUCUUUUUCUUCUCUCCUACGUCUACUUGUUCUUUAUUUGUUUCUGAUCAUUUUGCUGCUCUCAAGAGAUGCCUACCAUAUUCUCGCCUGGUUCAUCAGUGACCUCAUCCAUUUGGUUUGGUGCCAAAAGAGGAAGGGUCUCCCAACCAAGUUUCAUGUUGAUCUUAUUGGCUCUAGCUGUGAUCUUGUAGAUAUAGCUGCCUGUGGAACAUAUUUUUGCGUCUCCUAAGUUGGGUUCUAGAGUGGUUGCACUCUGUUAUACCAAGGUAGACUUGCUGGCUUGUUUUUAAAUGGUUGUCAUACCAGCAUUGUUUUCUCCCAGCAAAUUGCCAGCUGCAGCAGUUUGUUCUUACAUGCGACAGAGAACGAGUAUGGUGCAUGUUUGCUGUCUGUAGCCAUAAGCAAUUUUUUGACUGCUCUGAAUGAUUGAGUUGCUGGGUUUAGCUGAGCCAGUGUGGUGAUAUUUUGACUGCCGUUACUGUUGCCUCGAGUGCCCGUUUGGGUGUUCGACGCCUACGGUCUGUUCCAAGUGCUGCGGUUUUGUCGUGUUACCCCGUGACAGGUUUCUUCAAUGUUAAUAGGCAUCAUUCAGCAUGUUCUUGUUUUCUCAAACCGUUUUGUCUCAAUCUCUUGGACCUGGUUUGAAAAUUAUACACUUUUGGUUGUACGUGUGCAGGGCUGCAUGUAGGCUGGCUGCGGUGGCUGGGAGUGUGUACGUUCUCGCACACCCGCGCCUUCUUAAAUCCCACACCACAUGGGCAGUGACUCCGGCGAGCUGCAGGGAGUGACGGGCAGAAAUGGCGGCCUCCUCCCUCCUCGCCGCCAUCCUGGCGCUGCAGCUGCUUCUCCUCCUCGUGGCAUUCACGCCCGCACCAGCAGCAGCAGCGAGCCCCUCCAAGCGCCCCAUCCAUCAGCCUCCCUCUUUCCCCGCAGGAAUCUCUACCCUGCGGCGGCGGGCUGCAAGCUCGAGCGGCAGGCUCGCCACGGAGGCGGUGAAGCCGUUCACGGCGCACUACUUCCCCCAGGAGCUGGACCACUUCACCUUCACGCCCAACUCCUCUCGCGUCUUCUCCCAGAAGUACCUCCUCAACGACACCUUCUGGCGGAAACCCACCGGGCCGCUGUUCGUGUACAUGGGCGGCGAGGCUGACAUCGAGUGGUUGGCCACCACCACCGGCUUCAUGUUCGACAUCGCGCCAGAGUUCGGGGCUCUCAUCGUCUUCAUCGAGCAUCGGUUCUACGGGGAGUCAAAGCCGUUCGGCAAUGACUCGUACAAGUCAGUUGACAUGUUGGGCUACCUGACGUCCACACAGGCGCUCGCCGACUUUGCCAUCCUCAUCACGAGCCUUAAGCAGAACAUGUCCAUUGUUGAUGCCCCCGUCGUCGUCUUCGGCGGCUCUUAUGGCGGCAUGUUGGCUUCAUGGUUCAGGUUAAAGUAUCCCCAUGUCGCCAUCGGAGCCCUGGCGUCCUCUGCACCCAUCCUGCACUUCGACGACAUCACCCUGUGGUCAAGCUUCCAUGAUACCGUCUCACAGGACUUCAAGUCCGAGAGCCUGAAUUGCUUCAGUGUCAUCAAGGCAGUCUGGGAUGUGCUAGAUAACAGGGGAUCCAAUGACACAGGGCUCUUGGAGCUCAGCAAAACCUUCAGGGCCUGCAAGACCGUGCAGUUCAUUUAUCCGCUGAGCAGCUGGCUACAGACAGCGUUCAUCCACACAGCCAUGAUGGACUAUCCAACCCCAGCAAAUUUCUUGAUGAAUCUGCCUGCUUACCCAGUCAAGGAGAUGUGCAAGAUCAUUGAUUCUUUUCCUGCGGGAGCUGACGUCAUCGACAAGGCUUUCGCUGCGGCGAGCGUGUACUACAAUUACACAGGCAACCAGAAAUGCUUCCAGGUGGAGGGUGGCGAUGACCCUCAUGGCUUCAAAGGAUGGGGCUGGCAGGCCUGCACAGAGAUGGUCAUGCCAAUGACGGUGUCGAACGAGAGCAUGUUCCGACCAUCCAGCUUCAGUUACGAGAAGAUGUCCGAGAACUGCCUCGCGGGCUACGGAGUUCGUCCGAGGAUGCACUGGAUCACUUCUGAAUAUGGUGGCCAUAAAAUUGACAAGGUUCUCAAGAGGUUUGGGAGCAACAUCAUCUUCUCCAACGGGAUGCGAGACCCAUGGAGUGGAGGCGGGGUACUCAAGAACAUAUCAUCCAGCAUCAUUGCUCUUGUCACGGAGAAAGGGGCCCAUCAUUUGGACUUGAGAUCUGCAACCAAGGAUGAUCCAGACUGGGUUGUAGAACAAAGGAGACAGGAAGUUGAGAUCAUACAUGGAUGGAUAGAUCAGUAUAACAAGGACACUGCACAGGGGUAGCAGUAAGAAGGCGGCAUUGAUUUUCAGAGUCAAGGAAAAUAAAUAUGGCUUGGUGGCUUUAUUAAUCUAAAGUCGGGCAAUCGUUUUUUAUCUAAAUAAAUAAAUUAAUAUGGCUACAUACAAAAUGUAAGGAUUUUCCUUUCUUCUACAGGGCGAUAAGCACAAAAAAAGAGAUAAUGCAUUAGUGCAACUUCAAAUUCAAUUAUACACCAGAAAUUCUUGAACUUAAGCAGUCAUAUAUACGUGAAUCAUGAAUGCAGAGGUUCUCCUUUUCUUAA